AUGGCUGCCUAUCGAAGAUCAACUGGUGAGACACCGUUCUCCCUAGCCUUGGGUACCGAAGCUGUUGUACCGAUAGAAGUACAUGCGCCCACACGCCGAACGACAUCUUACGAUCCUCAGCAGAAUGAACAGCAGCUCGCCCUCAAUCUGGAUCUCAUUGACAAAUGCCGAUCGCAAGCGCAGCUCCGGAACGCUAACUGCAAACAACGAACGACUCAGUAUUACGACUCGCACGCCCAUCAUGGGAAGGACCCUAUGAAAUUGUCAGCAUCUGCCGACCCGGCACUUACCGAUUACGGGGCUCCGACGGUCAAACCCUCAGCCACCCUUGGAAUGUCGAACAUUUAA